AUGAAAGCCCUUAGCUGUUUGCUUGCUGUGAUAGCUACUGCAGGUUCACUUUUCCAGCAUGUUGAUGCUCGCUCGCAUGCAAGAGACAGACUGAACAAUAUCUCCCGUGUCGAACGGCCGGUUAUACAUACGCCGUCUCAUCGUGUCCAUGCCCAUUCGCAUUUUGAUCUCACAUUUGACCUCUACCCAAGGAGCAGCCGGAUAAAACUACAGCUGGAACCGAACCAUGACGUUCUCUCCCACGAUGCGCGGGUGGCCUUUCUCGACGGCGAGGGAAAUGUAGACCGGAUGGAAAGGAUAGAACGGAGGGACCAUAGGGUGUUCAAGGGAUGGGCCUGGGUGCAGAGGAAGUCUGGAUCGUGGGAGAGGGUUGGAUGGGCUCGCGUGAUGAUGCAGAGAGACGGGGAGGAUCCUCUGUUUGAAGGCGUCUUUACCGUCAUGCACGACCACCACCAGAUCAUCCCAAAGACAAAGUACGUGCACAAAAGGCACCCGCAUGAUCCGCCGUUGGACGCUACUCCGGGUGAAUACAUGCUUCUCUUUCGAGGAUCGGAUAUACGGACCCAGACACAUGACACCGUCGAGCGGUCGAUUACAUCUUCGCCUUCUUGCGAUGCAGACACUCUCGCAUACGGCACCCAGUCUGAUUUCAUGUUUCCUCCCCUACCGCAGGAGAACAACACCAAUCUAUGGGGCUCUCUGAUGACCAGCAUAGGUAGACGCCAGAAUUCAGACACCGUUGGUACUGUCCCUGGGUCCCAGAAUUUAAGGGACACCAUCGGAAACACAGAUGGAUGUCCCAACACCAGAAGGGUUGCCUUGAUAGGCGUGGUUGCGGACUGCACCUACACCAGCACCUUUGCCUCGGAGAUGGAUGCCAAAACGGACAUUAUUUCAGUCGUCAAUGCUGCCUCUGUCGUGUAUGAACAUACCUUCAACAUAUCCCUCACUCUCGGAGAAGUCAACAUUCUACCAAAGAACUGCCCGGCAACCGCAUCGUCUGCCACUCCUUUCAACCAAAUGUGUGGCGAGCGUGUUGGAGACGAGUCCUUCACCCUCGCGGACAGGCUGAAUACCUUUUCUGCCUGGCGUGGGAAGAAAUCUGAUGACUUUGCCUUUUGGACUUUGAUGACGGAUUGCACUACCGAAAACCAAGUUGGGCUUGCAUGGGCGGCUCAGCUAUGCGUCAAAGGUGUUCAGGGGGACUCAAACACCCGCAAUGCCAGCUCACAGGCCGUUUCGGGUGCUAAUGUGGUUUCCAAGACGGAUAACACCUGGCAAGUCUUUGCUCACGAAGCCGGUCACAUAUUUGGAGCAGUCCAUGACUGUGAUAGCGCCCUCUGCCAGGACCCAUCUAACCCAGAUAACUCCAGAUGCUGCCCUUCAACCGCAACCACAUGCGAUGCGGGCGGCAAGUUUAUGAUGAAUCCCACAUCCGGAAGCCAGAUCACUGCCUUCUCACCCUGUUCGGUGGGCCAGAUAUGCUCUCGAAUGGCGAAACAUAGCAUCCUAACCAACUGUCUAACCACAAACCGUGGAGUCGAUACAAUCUCAGGCCAGCAGUGUGGCAACGGCAUCGUCGAAGACGGUGAAGACUGUGACUGCGGCGGUGACGAGAGCUGCAAGGGCAAUAAAUGCUGCGACCCCAAGACAUGCAAGUACACUUCUGGCUCUCAGUGCGAUGACGCAAACGAAGAAUGCUGCAGAGAUUGCAAGUUUGCUUCUAGCUCGACUAUCUGUCGGCUGAGCAGCGGUCCCUGUGAUCCCGAAGAGAAAUGUACUGGGAAUUCCGGCGACUGUCCUCGAGAUACGCACUCUAAGAACGGCGAGACCUGCGGCACGAAUCUGCAGUGUGCCAGUGGCCAAUGCACAAGUCGAGACCUACAGUGCCAGAUGCACUUGGGGAGCCAGGUUGCUGGAUCCAGGACGGUGGCUUUUGAUUCCUAUGGCUGUCAAGUGGCUUGCAAGGACCCAUAUAGACCCGAUGUGCGCUAUGAAGGCAGCCUGACUUUCCUUGAUGGAACGCCGUGCGGAGGCGGCGGUACGUGUGAGAACGGCCAAUGUACCGGCAGCACAUUUGGCAACGAAGUCUCCGACUGGGUUAGUCGUCAUAAACCGAUUGUCAUUGGCGUAGCCGUUGGAGUAGGCUGCCUUCUCCUUCUAGCCAUUCUCUCCUGUAUAUGUGGACGGUCUAAAAAACGUCGUCCCAGGAACAGGAAGAUGGCGCCUAUCAACAUGCGUCCUAUGCCCCCUGUUUACAACGGAUGGACUGGCCCCCCUCCAAACGCUGAAUCACCGGGGGGACAUCCUCAAUACAACCAUGUCCCUCCGCCCAUCAAUGCUCCUCCCCCUGCAUAUCCAGGGCGUAUGCCGUCCACACGCUAUGCCUAA